UGUUGAAUUGAGAUCGAUCUCUUACAAAGAAAGAAGAAGAAACUCUAUGUGUAUGCGUCUUCAUUGUUCAAUCUUCAGAUUUCAUUCCAAUUUCCAAACCAUGAAGCUAAAUCCAACACUCUCACCACACAUCUGGUUCGUUCGUUCGUUCUUUCAUCCACAUUCUCACUCACACAUCAUCGCUUCAAUUUCAACGUUAAUCACACGUCUCCGAUCUCAUCCAAUCCAUUCGCUUCAAUUCAAUCCUUUAAUUUCCGUUUCUGAAUUUCGAGAUUCAUCUAUCGCCGAUCGUAUAAGGUAAUUUCAAUCGAAACGUCGAUUAAUCGCGGUUUCUUUUUGUUUUGUUUUUGCAGAAACUGUGGUGUUGCUGAAUGAGUAGUGGAAAAUGAAGCGUGCUCCGGUGACGACUGAGGAACUGUUGUUGGAAAAAGCGAUUAAGGAAGAAUGCCAAUGGGAGAAUCUUCCUAGACGACUUCAUCCAACGGUUCCUACCAAGGAAGAAUGGACUGCAAGGAUAAUUGAGUACUGCGUAAAGAAGAGACUUCAAUGGAAUAGUUGUUUUGCUAGUAAAUUUUGUAAAGAAAGCGAGUAUUAUGACAAUAUGAUGCGCUACUUGCGGAAGAAUCUAGCUGUAUGUGCUUUACAGAAUCUAUUUCCUUAUCAUCUGGCGGAUUAUGUUUGUCGUGUAAUGAGAGUAUCACCUUUCAGAUAUUACUGUGAUAUGAUUUUUGAAGUAAUGAAAAAUGAACAACCUUAUGACAGCAUCCCAAAUUUUAGUGCUGCAGAUGCUUUAAGACUUACAGGAAUUGGGAGAAAUGAAUUUAUUGAUAUAAUGAAUAAGUGUAGAUCUAAGAAAAUAAUGUGGAAACUGAACAAGUCUAUAGCAAAAGAACUUUUGCCUACUCAACCCGUGGAUUUUCCAAUUGAACCCUGGUGGGGAGUUUGUUUUGUGAACUUUAACUUGGAAGAAUUUAAGAAACUAUCGAAUGAAGAAACGGCAACAGUAGACAAAAUCUGUAAGGAGGAAGCAAAUUCAUUUGCCAUGUUUGAUCCUGAUAUCGUAAGGGGUCUUUGCAGACGAGGACUGAUCUAUUUUGAAGUUCCUCUAUAUCCUGAUGACCGGUUUAAAGUUUCCAGGCUUGAAGGUUUUGUUUCCAACAGGGAGCAGUCUUAUGAAGAUCCUAUUGAAGAGUUGUUGUAUGCAGUUUUUGUAGUCUCAAAUGAAAAUGCGACUGUUAGAGAGUUGGCAACAACCCUACAGGCUGAAUUGUCACAAUUACAGGCUGCUGCUUCUUUCGUGUGUCGUUUGGGAUGGGCAACAAAAGUUAUUGAUCCAGAAACAAUCCUUGGAAAUUCAAGUAUACCACCAAUGUCUCCUAGAAGUACAGUCAGUGAUGAAGAUGCUUCUGUUACUAGCCAGGGUUCUGAGAAUAUGUUUAUUGAUAAUGACUCCACUCAGCAAGGGGAUGUUUCAGCUUCAGGAAACUGUGGUCCUCGUUCUGCCUUUACCCGCGUUGCUUUCAUAGUUGAUGCUAAUAUUACAUCCUAUCUUAUGAUGGGAUCAGUUUCACCAGGCCUGAAAACUCAUGCCGUUACACUCUAUGAAGCGGGGAAAUUGGGUCAUGCCAGCAUUGCUGAUCUUUGCAGGGAUCUUAGCACCCUGGAGAGUACAACAUUUGAGGGAGAACUACAGGAAUUUGCAAAUCAUGCGUAUAGUCUACGUUGUGUGUUAGAAUGUCUUCAUUCAGGUGGAAUACCUGCUGAAAAAAAAGAAGAGGUAGAUAUAGAUAAAAUGGGUACCACUACCUCAAGCAAUGAUAAGUCAAGUUCUGUGAUAGCUGAACCUGAAACCUCUUUGUCUGACAGAUCCAGAAACUCUAGUGAUAGCGAAGCUGUCAUAAAUGCUGGUGGUUUAGAAAAUGUUGAAUCAGAGAAGAAUGUAGUAGAGGAGGCUCCUGUUUACUCAGAACUUAUUCCGAGUAGUACGGGUGAUGAAGUCCCUUCUAUUACUUCGGAAGAUGACAGUAAUCACAAUCACAUUCAGCAAGUCGAUGAGUCAGACACAAAUUUCCAUACCAAUGAUAAACUAGUAGAAGUUGAAGGGUCAGAUGUUGGAACAGAAAUGGAAAAGAAAAAGAAAUAUCGUGUAGACAUUCUCCGAUCUGAAAGCUUGGCUUCUCUUGCACCGGCAACUCUUAACCGUUUGUUUCUUCGUGACUAUGAUAUACUUGUGUCCAUAGUGCCACAUUCCCAUUCCUCAAUUCUUCCCAGACCCACAGGUCCGGUUCAUUUUGGACCUCCCACAUAUUCUUCUAUGAGUCCUUGGAUGAAAUUGGUAUUAUAUUCAACUGCAGCUAGUGGGCCUCUGUCUGUUGUUCUGAUGAAGGGACAGUGUAUGCGCUUGCUUCCUGCUCCAUUGGCUGGUUGUGAGAAAGCCAUGAUAUGGUCUUGGGACAGUACCACAAUAGGAGGGUUAGGAAGGAAAUUUGAAGGAAGUUUAGUAAAUGGAAGUAUACUCUUGCAUUGUUUAAAUUCACUUCUUAAACAUUCUGCGGUGUUGGUGCUGCCUCUCAAUAAGGAUGAUCUUAAUAAAUCUGAAAAAGCGGCUACUUUGGAUAUCCCAUUGCCCUUAAAGAACGCAGAUGGGACUAUUGCCUCUGUAGGAGAAGAGUUAGGACUUUGUAAUGAGGAAAAUGCAAAUCUGGAUUCUCUGUUGACUAAUUUGGCUGACAAGAUGGAUCUGCAGACAGUUGGUUAUAUUCGGCUAUUGAGAUUGUAUGUUGGAAAAGAAUCGGGUCAGUUAUCUUCUGAAGUGAAAUACGAAUGGGUUCCGUUGAGUUUGGAAUUUGGGAUCCCACUAUUUAGUCCAACCUUGUGCAGUAAUAUAUGUAGAAGGAUAGUUUCAUCAGAGAUGCUCCAAUCUGGCUCAUUUGUUGAACACCAUGAUGCAAUGCAAAGUUUAAGGAAGAAGUUGUAUGACAUUUGUGCCGAGUACCAAUCAACAGGUUUCACUGCAAAGCUCCUUUACCAGAAAAAGCAAGCGAAGGAGUCUUUUGGAAAGAUUAAGAACCAUUCUAGUGGAAGGUGGAGUCCACUUAUAGAUCCUUCUUGUCCCAUUUCAGGGGCAUCAAGUGUCUAUCAGAGGUUAAAACUUGCUAAUCGGCAGUGUGGCCAAACUGAAGUGUUGAGCUUUGAUGGCAGUGUUCUUAGAUCAUACGCAUUAUCUGCAGGUGAUGUAGCUGCCACAGCGGCUGUUAAAGAAGCAACUCAAGCGGAUACAAUGAAAACUGAGGCAGAAGAAAAUGAUAGUAAAGAAGCAAUCCUUCCUGGUGUUAAUCUUAUCUUUGAUGGUUCAAAGUUACUUCCAUUUGAUAUAGGUGCCUGCCUCCAGGCUAGCCAACCUAUUUCCCUAAUAACGGAGGCAGCAGCUAUCUCGGCAUCUGUAGCUAUGAAAUAGAUCUGCAGUCAUUAUAGAUUACUUCACUUCAAAACACCGAUACAAGUGAAUGACAAUGCUUGCCUGCCAAUGUUAAUGAAAUUAUCUGGUUCGUAUGCAUCUUCAAGGCAGAUGGUUGUGCAUAUAUUUGAGCUCAAAGUGGAUAUAAGGUUUUGCCGGAUUAGGAAUCCACAUCAGCCGGAGCUGUGAAAACAAGAAAUUCGUAAUGGUCUUUGAACGAUGUAUAUGUGAUUUUAUUUGUUCCUGUCACAUACUUGAGGAUAGUUUGCCAUUGGAAUCUCCUUAUUGGCCAUGUAUAAUCAUAUAGUGCCCUAGGUUAAUUCAUCAACUACAAUGCUUUGGUAACAAGAAUCAGUUUUGUUUUCUUGACAAAUUUCAUUUGUUCAUACAAACAUUAGUCAAAUGUGGUGAAUGUCAACUGCAUUCAAGGACUAAAAUUCGAGAACGUUAUUUGUUUGGUUGAGAAUGCAUUUUAACUAUUUAGUAUCGACUUACCUCAUAGGAAUAGUCAAUUAGAGCAUGUCCAAAAGUUAAAAAAAAUAAAA